AUGCAACCAACUAUUACAAUAGUGAAACGAAACGGUUUAGAAAUGCAAAUUAAUGCCGAAGAACUUGUACCUGGAGACAUUGUUCGCAUGCGUAUGGGCGAGAAAGUCCCAGCGGAUUGUCGACUCAUCACAUGCGAUGGUCUUCAGAUGAAUUCGUCGGAAUUAACCGGAGAAUCGGAACCAGUUCAGUGUGGUGUUAAAUGUACAAGCCUCAAUUUCAUGGAAUCAACCAAUUUGGUUUUCUAUUCUUCACUCAUUGUACAAGGCAGCGCUGAGGCAAUUGUCGUCAAUAUAGGUGAUGAUACCGUACUUGGACAAGUGGGAGAAUUGACACGAGGCACUGGCGGUGCUGAAAUAACAGGACUACAUCGCGAAAUCAAUCGUUUUGUAAUGUUCGUUAUAAGCGCUGCACUCACAUCGGUUGUUCUCAUUUGGAUAACAUGGGCAGCGUGGCUCAAUGUCGCACAGAAACGAUAUAUCACUCUCAAUGGUCAGUAUGAAAUGAAAGCAAAGUAA